GUAUGAUAGAUUUCUAAAUCUAGACUAGAAUCUAGAUCUAUAUUUUCUUGUCAGAAAAUGAGUUGGAUGCUAGAAGAAUGGAAAGAUGGUCUACCACAAAAAACUUUAAUUAAAAUCAAUGAAAUAGAAGCCCAAGUAGAGAGACUUAAGAAAGAGCGUGAUCAGAAACAGUUUCAGUUGGAAAGCUUAGAACAAGCUUUAGCUGUACAGAAGCGCAAAGCAUCUGAUGAGAAGUCGCAGCUGAAUGACUUGCAAAGAGACACAAAAUAUUUGUCAGAAAAAUGUGAAGAGUUAGAAAAAAAAGUGCAGAAACUGACUCAUGAUUUAUCUGUGAAGGAAAAACAGGUUGUUUCUCUUGAGCAGAAAUUGUCAAAAGCUGCCUCCAGCCAAGAUUCUGAAAAGAAUUGUAAUCCUCAAUAUUCCUUUGCUCAUUCUGAGCAAAUAACUGCUCUGGAGAAUGAAAUACACAGUCUGAAACAGCAAUUAAGUGACAAGAAACUUGUUCAAAAUGCAAGUGUGAAAAGCUCAUUUGAAGAAAACAAAUAUUCAAGAAAUGAUCAUGACUCUGAAAAGAUGUCGUUGCUGGCUCAGAUUCAGCAGUUAGAAACUAAAAAUAAAAAACUCAUCCAAGAUGGAGAGUGUAUGAGACACAACUCAGAGGCAUCGAGACACCAUCUAGAACUUAAAAUGAAAGAAAAAGAGAAGGAACUGAAUCUAGAGUUAUCUCAAGCUUUAGAAAGUGCCAAACAGAGCAGCUGCUUACUUCAAGAGUCCAAGGCCAAAUUUCAGCAAGAAAUAAAUGCUGCACAAGCAGAAUUGAACAGAUUAAAGGGAUCGCUAGAAAAAGUUGAAAUGGAAAAGUCACAGCUCUUAAAGGAUAAACAAGAGAUGACUAAGAAAAUGUCAAUGGCUGAUGAACUGAUUAAAACUCAUGGGGUCAGUGUUGCUGACAUUGAGAAAAAGAAAAAUGCAGUUGAAAGUGAAAAGCAAAAAUUAAGCUUAGAAUUAGAGUCGAGAGACCGACAGAUUCAGCUUUAUGAUGUAGAAAUUAAAAAAUUGAAAAAUGAUAUCAGCUUGAAGGAGCAAUCAAAUGAUGCACUGAGAUCCCAAAAGAUGGAUAUCGAACUGCAACUGGAGGCUGCCAAAGCAGAGCUUGAAAAAUUGUCUCAGAAAAUAAUUUUCUUGGAAAAUCAAGUCAUGGAUCUGCAGAAACACAAAGAUAAAACAGCUGAAACACUAAAAGAAUUAACUACCUCAUCAAACCAGCUUCAGUCAUCUAAAGAAACCCUAGAGAACAAAAACUCAGAGUUAACCUCUAAGCUUUCAAAGCUACAAGAAGAACUAACCAAAUUAUCCUCAACUCACCAGCAGUCACUUAAAGAUCUUGCAGAGAAAGACAAUCACUUCAAAGAAUCACAGAAGAAGUGGCAAGAAGAACUGAAUAAAGUCUUGUCUACUACAUCACAAGAAACACAACGUAAUCAAAAAGAGUAUGAACUUCUGUCAAACAAGAAAAAAGUGGUCGAGGAGGAGCUGAUAGCGUGUCAAACUAGAUGUGAUAAGGGCCAACAUCUCAUUUCAGUAUUAGAGAAUGAAGUGACCAGUUUAAAGAAAGACCUUGAUCUUAAAGUAACCUGCAUUGCUGAGGUCAAUCUCUCGUUAACCAAAGUGAGUGAUGAGUUACAAAGUAAAGUUAAGGACAUUGCUGACCUUAACAACAAACUUGGACAACAGGAAGCACACCUUGCUGAGCUUAACAACAAAGUUAGUGCUUCUGAGAGUAGACUGGUGGAGGCGAACAUGGCUCUGAAGGAUGCUGGCAGCAAGAUGCAGCUAAUGGAAGUGGAACAUUGCCUUGUGCUGACUGAGAGAGACGAGCUCAAGAAACACAUUGAACAUGACAGGCAGCUAGAGUUGAAUCUCCAGACAAGAAUAGCAGACUUAGUGACCAAACUUGAGGAAUCUCAGAAAGAUAAUCAGUCCCUACAGGGCUUAACCAGUACAGAAAAAGAGAAAGUUUACAGCUUAGAACAACAGUUGGCAGCUUUAAAAAACAGCUGCACUGAUUUUGAAAGCCAGAUACAUUUAUUGAAAAGUGAAAAUGAGGCAAAUAUUUCAACAGUGAAAGACUUGGAAGAGAAAUGUGCCAACUUGUCUCAACAGAUGUGUGACAGUUUGGAGGAGAAGAAAACAUUGAAGGAACAAAUUCAUGAUCUAGAAGCAUGGAAAUCCCAAAUAGAUAUUCUUCACCAACAAGCACUUACUGACGUGAACGCCAAAUAUGAAGACGGAAUGAAAGAAAUAGCUUCAGUGAAGAGUAGGCUUGAAGAGAAAGAAAGUAGGCUAGAGGAGUUGGAUAAAGAGCUAGUCCGUACACAGAAUGGAAGAUUAGAUCUUGAGUCAUUACUGAACUCUACAAAGGAUGAGCUUCAAACUAAACUUUUAACCUUGUCCAGUUUAGAAGAAGAAUGUCUAUCUCUCAAAGGAGACCUUGAAGAUGUUAAGUUGAAAUAUAAAGAAGCAAUAGACGCGCACACUUUGACUAAGGAGAAUAUGUUAUUGUUAGAAGGUAGGUUGGGUCAGUUGGAAGAAGAGAGAACGUCUCAAGAGGCAUCUUUCAACCUACAGCUACAAGCCUUGCAACAGAAAUUAAGUGACACAAGUGAAGAAUUAAGUAUAAAAUCAUCAAGGGUCAAAGAGCUAGAAAACAGCAAUGAAGAUUUUAUCUCCAAACUGAACAGCACCCAAAUAAAACUGAGUGAAUCAAGUGCUGACUAUGAGAAAGAACUUGGCCUACUCAAGUCUCAAGUUGACAUCCUACAAAUGGAUCUAGAGGAUAAAGACACUCUUCUUGAGACAUUAAACACCCAGGUGGCCAAUUUACACACAGAGUUUACACAUUUGAAAGAGGAAAACAGUUUAGUAAGAGAGAGUUCUAGUGCUAAAGAAAGUGAAAUUUGUCAUUUGAAGUCCUCGCUGGAAGCUGCUAAUAAUACUCUGGCAGAUAAAAGUCAAGAGGUAGAAGAGUUAAACAAUAAAAUGAAUAACAUAGAACACACUCUUGUUGAGACAAGAACACAGCUAGAACAUACUGAUGCAGAACUGAAACAGAUGGUUUCUGAGUGUGCAAACUUGGGAGGAAAAAAUAAGGACUAUGAAGAAAAGAUCAGUGACCUUGAGGCAACAAAACUGGAGCUAACCAAUGUCAUUUCUGGUCUUCAGUCCAAUGUGGCAGCUGAAAAAGAAAUGUACCUUUUGAAACAAUCAGAGUUGGAAGAAUUAACAUCAAAAUGUGCCACAUUGUGCGACCAACUUAACAGUGCCAGAUCUGAACUUGCAGAUAAGAAUUCAGAGUUUGAAUGUUGCAAUCAAAACUUGAAGCACUUGGAAACCCAGCUACAGCAGCUGGAGCAAGAGAGGUUGAGUUACCAACAAAACGCAGAGCAUCAGUUAGAAAAUCUUAAUCAAGAAUUACAAGUGAAGUGUGAGUUACUGUCACAAAAAGAAGUUUUAAUACAAGAACUUGAAAAUAGUACUGCAGAUUUGAAAGAGAGGUUGGCAUCAUUGAAAGCAAGUCUUCAAGAAAGUGAAGCUAAUUUGGAACAAGAAUCUACUGCACUGAAAUCCAAAUAUGAACUAUUACAAAUGGAUCUAGAAGACAGGGACGCAACUAUUGAAGAACUCAAUACUCAGCUGAUCAACUUACAAGCUCAGUUUACCAAUUUAAAAGAAGAAAACAGUUUAGUGAAAGAUAGUUCUACUAAUAAAGAGACUGAAAUAUGUGAAUUGAAAAAGUCUCUUGAAGAUUCCACUAAUGCACUGUUUGAUAAAAACCAAGAGAUAGAAGCUUUAAAUAUCAAAGUUUCUAACAUAGAACACACUCUUGUUGAGACAAGGACACAGCUAGAACAUACUGAUGCAGAACUGAAACAGAUGGUUUCUGAGUGUGCCAACUUGGGCGGAAAAAAUAAGGACUAUGAAGAAAAGAUCAGCGACCUUGAGGCAACAAAACUGGAGCUCACCAAUCUCAUUUCUGGUCUUCAAUCCAAUGUGGCGGCUGAAAAAGAAAUGUACGUUUUGAAACAAUCAGAGUUGGAAGAAUUAACAUCAAAAUGUGCCACACUGUGCGACCAACUUAACAGUGCCAGAUCUGAGCUUGUAGAUAGGAAUUCAGAGUUUGAAUGUUGCAGUCAAAGCUUGAAGCACUUGGAAACCCAGCUACAGCAGCUAGAGAAAGAGAGGUUGAGUUACCAACAAAAUGCAGAGCAUCAGUUAGAAAAUCUUAAUCAAGAAUUACAACAGAAGUGUGAAUUAAUGUCACAAAAAGAAGUUUUAAUACAAGAACUUGAAAAUAGUGCUGCAGAUUUGAAAGAGAGGUUGGCAUCGUUGAAAGCAAGUCUUCAAGAAAGUGAAACUAAUUUGGAACAAGAAUCUACUACACUGAAAUCCAAGUAUGAACUAUUACAAAUGGAUCUAGAAGACAGGGACGCAACUAUUGAAGAACUCAAUACUCAGCUGAUCAACUUACAAGCUCAGCUUACCAAUUUAAAAGAAGAAUACAGUUUAGUGAAAGACAGUUCUACUAAUAAAGAGACUGAAAUAUGUGAACUGAAAAAGUCUCUUGAACAUUCCACUAAUGCACUGUUUGAUAAAAACCAAGAGAUAGAAGCUUUAAAUAUCAAAGUUUCUAACAUAGAACAGACUCUUGUUGAGACAAGGACACAGCUAGAAAAUACUGAUGCAGAACUGAAACAGAUGGUUUCUGAGUGUGCCAACUUAGGGGAAAAAACUAAAGAAUGUGAAGAAAAGAUCAGUAACCUUGAGACAACAAAACUGGAGCUCACCAAUCUCAUUUCUAGUCUUCAGUCCAAUGUGGUGGCUGAAAAAGAAAUGUACCUUUUGAAACAAUCAGAGUUGGAAGAUUUAACAUCAAAAUGUACCACACUGUGCGACCAACUCAACAGUGCCAGAUCUGAACUUGCAGAUAAGAAUUCAGAGUUUGAAUGUUGCAAUCAAAACUUGAAGCACUUGGAAACCCAGCUACAGCAGCUGGAGCAAGAGAGGUUGAGUUACCAACAAAACGCAGAGCAUCAGUUAGAAAAUCUUAAUCAAGAAUUACAAGUGAAGUGUGAGUUACUGUCACAAAAAGAAGUUUUAAUACAAGAACUUGAAAAUAGUGCUGCAGAUUUGAAAGAGAGGUUGGCAUCGUUGAAAGCAAGUCUUCAAGAAAGUGAAACUAAUUUAGAACAAGAAUCUACUACACUGAAAUCUAAGUAUGAAUUAUUACAGAUGGAUCUAGAAGACAGAGAUGCCACUAUUAAAGUACUUAAUGUCCAACUUUCCAACCUUACUUUGCAGCUUGAAGAACUCAAAUUGGAAAAAGAGAGUUUAAAUGAGACUCUAAGGAACAAAGAAUCAGAGCUUAUAGAUCUUGACAAAGCAAGAGCAACUGAAAAAGAAAAACUGAUAGAUUUUGAGAUAGAACAAAGCAAUUUACAUGCAGAGAAAACCAAUUUGGAACAGGCCCUAAAGAAUGUUAGAGAAGAGAUAGCAGGAAAAGAUGCAGAAGUGUUUGAGUUUAGAACACAGUGCGAGCUCUACUGUGUCAAGGUCAAAGAUUGCGAGGAGAAAAUAAAAGAUGUGGAAAAUGUAAAUGUAAGUUUAACAACUAGGCUUUCUGAGAUAGAGCAUGUAUUGGCUGCGGAAAGAGCUGCUUUGGCUGCAAAAUGUGUAGAAGUAGUCCAACUCAACGAGAACAAUGCUUGUCUAUCUGAAGACUUGGAGAGGGUGAAAGAGAAUCUCCAGGACAAACUUGAAGAACUAAGUGUUCAAAAAACCAACUUCCUUCAAUUGGAGCAGAGAUUACAGCAGCUGGAGACACAGAGCCAAGAAAGUCAAAAACUUGAUCAGGACAAACUUGCAUCAGUACAACAGCAGCUUUGUGAAACAGAAGAAGAACUCAAACAAUCUCAGUUGCAGAUCCAGAAACAAGAAAAUCUGAUAGAGGACCUAACUUGUCAACUUUCUAAUGCCCUGAAAGAAGCACAUGAAAUGAAGAGUGAGCUUGAGCAGGACAGCACUGCCUUGAAGUCAAAGCUAGAGCUUCUUCAAAUGGACAUGGAAGACAAAGAUGAACACAUACAAAGGUUAAGCACUCAGUUGGACAAUGUGAAUGCUAUUGUCAAAGAUUUGAAUGGAGACAACCAGACGCUGCAGAGUACAUUAGACAGUACAACCUUGCAACUGUCUGAAAUUAAAACAGCACUGAGUGCUGAGGUAGAUAAUGUGACUAGAUACAGAUUGGAAGAAGAGACUCUCAAGGACAGAGUGACCAAUCUGGAGAGCACUCUAGCAUUGACUAAAGAUCUAUUGCAAGAAAAACAAGACACUUUGUCAGCAGUUCAAUCCACCUGUGAUCAAACUUUGUCUAAACUCAAAGAAACGGAAGAAAGUUUACUACGAGUACAAGAAGAUCAAAACUGUCUGGAGAAGCAAUGCAAAGCAUUAGAAAAUAGAAGUGAAUCUGAAAGACUAUCCUAUCAAUCAUUGGUGUCAGAAAGUGAAAAGCUUCAACAGAAAGUUGCUCAGCUACUUGAUGAGCUGAGCACUGCCAAAUCUCAGCUGUCAGAGCAUCUAGAGAACAUUACUUCUAAAGAGCAUCAGAUCAAAAACCUUGAAGCUAAGGUUGCUGAAUUAGACUGUGCUAAAAGAACAGCUCAAGCCAGCACCAAUAAAACUGUUGAUGAGCUGCAAGCAAUGCUGCUGGAGAAAUCUGAAGAGCUUCACAGGACAGCAGCUCAGCUGGAAGAAACACACUCACAGCUUUCUGAUGUGCAACACAAAUACAAUGAGAACUUGCAAAGUGCAAAAGAUACAAAUAGCCAGCACAGCAAAGAGUUGACCAACCUUGCUGAAAAACUUGAUAGACUAGAGAAGGAGUUAGAAAGCAAAAACUUAGAAAUAUAUACACUGUCAAAUGAGAAACUGAAUUUCCAAACAGCUAAUUCAGAACUGAAUCUAGAGAGAGAAAAUCUACAUACAAAAUAUGUAACAUUGGAAAAAGACAGGACACAAUUGCACCAUGCUUUUGAAGAAAUGUCACUAGAGCAUGAGAAACAUAUUAAAGAACUCUGUGAAGUUAAUAAGUCAUUAUCUGGACAUCAAUCCAAAGUAGCAGAGCUGACCUCUACUAUCCAGUUGAGAGAUCAGCAGAUAUGCACCCUGGAGUCUCAACUAACAGAGGCAUUGAAAAACUCCACAGACUACCAUCAAGAGAUAAAUAAACUGACUACAGAGCUGACUAACUUAGAGCUGUGCAAGAAAGCUUUGGAAAACAAAGUCAAACACACAGAGCUAGAAAACUCCCAGUCUGAGAAAGAGUUUACCAGAGAUCUUGAAGAAACUAAACUAAAAUUGAAUACUGUCCAGGAAGAGUUAGAAUCUAAGUCUUUAGAGCUUGAAUCUUUGCAAACACAGUAUGAAAACAUGAACAGAUCAGUAUUAAAAACUAAUUCAAAAAUGACUGAGCUACAGCAAGAAAAGAAUAAUCUGGCUGACGAGCUGUAUGAUCUAAAAAAGCUUUUUGAAGAUGUCAAAACGGAACUCUCAGAGAAAAAUGCCAAUUUGGCAGUGCUUAGAGAAGAGCUUGACAACACUGUGAUGGAAAAUGACUCCUUGAGAAGUGAGAGAAAUGAGAUGCUAUCUCAAGAGGAGAAAUACAAACACAGCAUCCAUGAGCUGGAGAUGAAGCUGGCUGAUGUUGAGAUGGAGAUUGAGAGCACCAAAGACUCUUUUGAGUCCGUCUCUGUCCAGAGGUUUGAUGCCCAGAACAAACUCUGGGCUGCCUUGAGAGAGAGGGAUGAUUUUGAGAAGAAACUGAAAGAAAAGGAAGCAGAGCUUUUCGCUGCUCACUCUGAUAAUGAGAGACUAGACAGUGUUGAAGUGGAGCUGAAUAACUUGAAGAGCGAAAUCUUGAAAAAAGAUGACGCAAUCUCAGACUUAAAGCUUAACCUUGAUGAGUUGUCAAAGAAAUAUGCAGCACAAUGUCUGGAGCUUGAAGCUGUCCAGAAAGAGAAACAGGAAGUAGAAGCACAAACUCAUUCUAUUACUUUAAGAAAUGAAGAGUUGGAAAGAAGCUACAAAGAAAUCUCUAAUGGGACAUUUGAAGUCAAGGAACAACUGCUGCAGCUGCAGAAAGUUAUUACCAGUUUGACAGAAAAUGUUGAUAGCAAGCAGAGGGAAAUUGUAUCCAGAGUGAAUGAACUGCAAACAAAGGACAAUGAAAUCUCUCAGUUACAGUCUCUGGUGGAGGAAAAGGUUUGGGAAAUUAAUCAGCUGAAGGAAGAUAAUCUUAAUUUAAAAAAAGAAUUGAAAGAAUUGAAUUCCACUGUUGGCACUCUGCAGGAUGCCAUUGAAUCUUUGAAUUAUGACUUGAACUUAGCUGAGCAGGAAAAAUUAACCCACGGUUCUGAUGCCGACAGUCUUAAAUCUGAAAACAGUGGUUUGAGAAAUAAACUUUCAAAAUUGACCUCAGAAGUAGAGCACAUGCAAAGAGAACAUUUGGAACGAACACAAAUGAUAGAAGGACUAGAACAAGAAAACCUUCAGUUAGCAGCAGAGGUAGAAUCAAUAAAAAUAGAGAAUAAAGACUUGAAAACAAAACUUGAACAUGUUUCAAAGACCGCUGCUGAUUUGGAUAACAAGCUUGCAUCUCUUCAAAAAGUUCUUGAUGAAAAGGUUAACAGCAAUGACGGUUUAUUGCAAGAGUUGAACUCUGCUUUGUCUGAAAAAGACGUGGCUUCUAAAAGUCUUCUGGCUUGUCAAGAUGUCUUGAGCAAAGUACAAGCCAGUGAAAAAAAUCUGACGUCGAAAGUCGAAGAACUUGAUUACAAAAUCAUCAGCUUUACUAAUGCUUUAGAGGCUAAAGAUGUUGAGUUAAACAUUGCACGGGCAGAAGUGGAAUCACUGAAAUUAAAAAAUGAGGACAGUGAAAAGCUAAGAGACAAACAAAGGGUGGAGGAAUGUAAAAAGUUGGAUCUAGCUGAAACAGAGAAGGCUAAAUUAAAUGCCAAGCUGGUAGAGCUUGAGUCAGAGCUAGUAAACAUGAAAACAUUAGAAGAGAAAGCUUGCUCCUAUGAUGCUCUCUUGACGGAGAGGAACCAAAUGAAAGAGGACAUCCUUAAGUUCAAAGCAGUGGGAAAAGAACUGGAGAGCUUGAAGUUGAGUUUGGUUGAAAAAGACAAUGAUGUCCAGUCACUGGCUGACAGUAGAACAUUACUGGAAAGCAGUGUCCAGGACCUGGAGACAGAAAUCAGAAAUAAGAAUAAUCUUUUAAAACUGAAAGAAAAAGAACUUCUGGCUGCCCUUGGUGACAUCAAGUGUGCUGAAGGAAAGCUACAAGAGCUGGCAGGAGUAGCAGAAGUAAACCUGAAGUUAAAAGAUCAAAUCAAAGAGCUGGAAAUCACUAUGAAGUCUAAUAUUAAAGAGCUGGACUAUCUUAAGACUCUAAAUAUGUCCAUGGAGAAAGAGAUUCAACAAUUACAGAAGUGUUCUCAAGUUGAAAAUAAUUGUGACACACAGUCUGUAGACAUGCUCAUGCUAGAGAAGAAAUGCUCUGAUUUGUCUGAGAAACUUUCAGAGGAGCAGAAAAAAUGUUCAGAUUUGUCUGAGAAAUUGUCUGAGGAGCAGAAGAAAGUUCUCAUUCUUACAGAAGAAAUCCAGCAAAUCAAAAGUCAGCAAGCUGAUACAGAAAAGAUUGAAGCGCUUAAAACGGAGUUAGAAGAAGCCCUGAGGGAUGUUGACUUCUACCAGGACCAUGCCAGAGAAUUACUGGCGAAAGCUAAAGCCCAAGCAGACAAAAACAAAGCUUUAGUGUGUCAGAUUGAAACUCUACACCUCAAAAUGAGAGUAUUCAAGCAUCUCCUAAAGACAAACAACAUACCUAUAACCUUUGACCCUAAUUGUCUAAAUAGUGAUAGUCCAACUUCCUCAAACACUGCCUCCACACUUAAAGCAGUGAAAGCUAGUUCACCAAACCUUCAGAAGAUGAACACAUGUGUCAGUAGUGACACAUCAAGUAAAGCAGAGAAAACUGGUUCAUCAAACCUUCAGAAGAUGAACACAUGUGUCAGUAGUGACACAUCAAGUAAAGAAGAGAAAACUGGUUCACAAAACCUUCAGAAGAUGAACACAUGUGUCAGUAGUGACACAUCAAGUAAAGAAGAGAAAACUGGUUCACAAAACCUUCAGAAGAUGAACACAUGUGUCAGUAGUGACACAUCAAGUAAAGAAGAGAAAACUGGUUCACCAAACCUUCAGAAGAUGAACACAUGUGUCAGUAGUGACACAUCAAGUAAAGCAGAGAAAACUGGUUCACCAAACCUUCAGAAGAUGAGCACAACAGAUAUUAGUGACACAUCAAAGAGCAGCACAUUGUCUUUGGUCAGUAGUGAGAAAAAGCGAAAAAUAAACUCUGAAGCACACAAAGAUGUUCCCUCUCCAAUCAGUCUUUCACACCAUUCAAUACCUUUCUCACCAGUUUCAAAAACAUUCAAGCAGUCAAUUAAAACACCAACUAGGACACCACGUUCUGAAGACAAAAAGAAAGCUGCCUCAGAAUUCAAAUCUCCAUUUGCAAAAGCACCAGUUAAUCUUGGCAAAAAACAGCAACUGUUUAGGUCAAAUUUGCCCUCCCCUAAACUAAAACAUGCCUCACCCAAACCAAGUAAAACUUUAACUGAAAAGUCUCCGGCAACUUCUAGCAUAAUGCAAAUUUCAGACACCUCUAAAAACACAGAUUUUACGAAAACUACAGAGCCUCCUAAAGUUUUACCACAGAGGGUAACCAGAAGCUCAUUAAAACAUCAGUCCACGGAUUCAACCGAAGAGCAUUCUGGUGUGAUGAAAAUGGCAGAACCACCUAAAGUUUUAUCACCGAGGGUAACUAGAAGAUCAUUACAAAAGCGUCAGUCCACUGAUUCAACCGAGGAGCUUGCUGGUGGGAAAAAACUGAAGCUAGUUAAUGAAAAACCUGUACAAGAAACAGCUGUCAGGCAGCUAGCAAAACCACAGAGAACCCGACUAACCAGCCAUACUGCAAUACCUAAAGUAUUUGGGUCCAAGCUCAACACUGAGGCAAUGCCUGGCAGUUCCGUACUAGCUUCUAUAACAAACAGUCCUCAGAAAACAGACAGAAAUAUUAAAGAAGGCUUAGGUCCUCUGGGUCUGUCACGGCUCAAGCCCCCGGGACAGAAAUCUGCCACUAUUAAGAAGCAGGCUGAAGGUGGCCAACCGAAUGAUUGUGCCACUCAGUGACAUCUCCAUACGUAGAUUCUUGGAAGCAUUUUAGUAUUGGGUACUAUGAGUUGAAUCUUGUAUCAUAUUGUGUUUCAACAAAUAGUUUGAUAUCCAUUGAAAUUCAAUGAAUCAUUGAGUUCUACAGAAUGUUCAUUUAACUGAGUGUAUUGAGUGCUGACAGAUAUUUGUUGUAUUUUAUUGAUUUGUCUACCUCCAGCAUAUUACUCUGUGAUUAGCUGAUUAGUAAUUACAUUAUCAAAGGACAAUGAAGGGAACAUUAUGCUGUGAAUAUUGAGUCAAUAAUAAAAAAAACAACAUGUUAGCUGUCUUCACUGAUUGAAACUCCUCUUUCUAAUCAAGCACGAGCAUCAAUCUCAACUUCAGUGUAGUUGAAGAUAGCUUUAAACUUCCAAUCUUUGAUUUGAAAAGCCGUGCCCAUACAGCUCAUGAGUAGGCUAAGCCUUUUUUUUUUUUUUUUGCAUUAGGUCAUAGUUUCUUGGAUUAUUUAUUUGCCUAGCUAUUGGCAAGUUAAAUGAGCUUGACCUAGUUUUUCCAAGCUGUGUUGAUUCUGCAGUUUAUGAAUACAAAAUUUGAGUGUGCAUUUAUACCUUGUCUAUAAAUAAGUUUUGUUUGAAAAGCUUCCUGUGCUCAUUUAGAAAGGCAGCAUCAGUGUUACCAACACAUCCCUCUUUGUAGCGACCAUUUAUAGUUCCAGAAAUACUGCCCAAAUUUCAUAAGCUGGUUGGGGGAUCUUGCCUGUUCACCCACCUGGUGUAUUACUGCACAGAUGAAGAGUUCAACUACCUGGUAGGGGUUGUAGUUAAUGUCCAGAAUUGUGAGGCAUAUAAAAUCCAUGGGGAAAAUGUUGAGCCCUCAGAAUGUUUCAUACCAUUGUGUUAAAUAUAUUUCAUGUCAUUAAAAAUGAUUUUUUUUUUCACAAUUGAUCACAAACAGCCCCCCCCCCCCCCCCC